AACACAGGUGAGCAGAAAUUCUAAUGUUUCAAUUGCAAUCAAUUAGCUGAUGCGUUUAUUCAAAAGGUGUCAACUCUGAACUAAACACAAAAUAUCAGAUCAUUACAAUGUUAGAUGGUGAAAAAGUUGCAGGGCAGGAAUCCACAGAAGCAAUAUUAAAUUAGAUGUGCACAAGAACUGCUCUGUACUGAGGCUCCUCUUCAGGAGGAUAAAUAGAAGCUGUACAUGAGUUUAAUCUGUGUCUGUGUCUGCAGCAGUGAACAACAUGGUGCGCUCUGUCCUCUGCCUCCUGACUGUGGCCCUGGCCUUUGUGCCUCUGAUCUCUGCUGUGGAAGUGGUUUCAGAGAAACCUGGAGUCUGUCCCAAGCCCAGGACAGACAUUGCCGUAGAGGUCGGUUGUCUGGAUCAGUGCUCCACAGACAGUCAAUGUGAGGGAAACCUGAAGUGCUGCUUCGACGGCUGUGGACGUGUUUGUGAAAAGCCAAGAGGUGAGCCUAAGCGCAAGGACAAACGAGGAUUGUGCCCUAGUCCAAGUGGUUUUGGACUGUGUGCCGAAAUGUGCACUUUUGAUGAAGACUGUAAGGAGGAUGAUAAAUGCUGCUCCAAUGGCUGUGGACAUACCUGUCAGCAACCAGUCAUAAAAUCCAAACCAGGAUCCUGCCCUGACACGAGCCCUUUUUUCACCACAUGUAAAAAGGAAUGCACUGAUGACAGUCAGUGUCCCGAGAACCUCAAAUGCUGCUUCAGCAGCUGUGGACUCCAGUGUAUCCCCCCUGAACAUGGCAACAGUCCACAAUGAUUGUCA